GUGUGUGUGUGCGUGUGUGUGUGUGUGUGUGCGCUGCUGGCUCCCCUCUGUCCUCCAUUCAAGCUCGGCUCCACUCUCGCUGUACGGCGCAGGCCCGAAGUAGCGCAGCCGCUCUGAGUUAUCUCCUCAGUGGAUAUCGAGGAUCCAGCUGUGUGGACCAGGCGGCGAAUCAUGGACGAGCACGUCGUUCACCAGACAGAACACAUGACAACCAUCGAGGCUAGCGCUGUCAGUCAACAGGUACAUGUGACUACCUACACUGAAGCAUCCAUGAUGAGCGCUGAGGAAGAUUCCACAUCCUCACCAGAUGAUGAUCCCUAUGAUGACACGGAUAUCCUCAACUCGGCUGGCACUGAUGAGAUCACAGCACACCUGGCGGCUGCAGGGCCUGUAGGCAUGGCAGCUGCUGCUGCUGUGGCAACCGGUAAGAAAAGAAAGAGGCCUCAUAUCUUCGAAUCCAACCCCUCCAUCCGCAAGAGGCAGCAGACUCGUCUGCUCAGGAAACUACGAGCAACCCUGGAUGAGUACACUACCAGAGUGGGCCAACAGGCCAUCGUACUGUGUAUUUCUCCCUCCAAACCUAACCCUGUAUUCAAGGUGUUUGGUGCUGCUCCUCUGGAGAACGUGGUGAGGAAGUAUAAGGGCAUGAUGCUGGAGGAUCUUGAGAACGCUCUCGCUGAACACGCCCCUGCUGGUGGAGAUCUGGCCUCAGAGCUGCCCCCUCUCACCAUCGAUGGCAUCCCUGUGUCUGUGGACAAAAUGACCCAGGCCCAGCUGAGAGCGUUCAUCCCGGAGAUGUUGAAGUACUCCACGGGCCGAGGGAAACCCGGCUGGGGCAAAGAGAGCUGCAAGCCGGUGUGGUGGCCCGAAGACAUCCCGUGGGCCAACGUGCGCAGCGACGUCCGCACAGAGGAGCAGAAACAGAGGGUGUCUUGGACGCAGGCGUUGCGCACCAUUGUUAAGAACUGCUACAAGCAGCACGGCCGGGAGGAUUUGUUGUACGCUUUUGAAGACCAACAGAUAACCACUGUGACCGCCACCCAUCACCACCUGACCGCCGCUCAGAGCAUCGCCCACCUCGUGCCCUCACAGACUGUCGUACAGACCGUCAACAACCCUGACGGGACAGUCUCGCUCAUCCAGGUUGGUACGGGGCACACGGUCGCCACCUUGGCGGACGCGUCGGAGCUGCCUGGUGUUACGGUUGCACAGGUCAACUACUCGACUGUGACUGAUGGAGAGGUGGAGCAGAACUGGGCCACCCUCCAAGGCGGCGAGAUGACGAUCCAAACCACCCAGGCCUCCGAGGCCACGCAGGCUGUCGCAUCUCUGGCCGAAGCCGCCGUCGCUGCCAGCCACGAGAUGCAGCAGGGAGCCACAGUCACGAUGGCUCUGAAUGGGGCUUGGCAAUGUAAAGACUUUAUAAGCGAGGCAGCUGCCCAUGCUGUGGCAACGUUGGCAGAGGCCACUCUACAAGGCGGGGGGCAGAUUGUCCUGGCUGAUGCCGCAGCUGCUGUUGGGGCGCUGGCAGGGGUUCAAGAUGCCACAGGUCUCGUCCAGAUUCCAGUAAGCAUGUACCAGACAGUCGUUACCAGCCUCGCCCAGGGUAACAGGCCUGUCCAGGUCGCCAUGGCACCUGUUGCCACACGCAUAGAUAACACUGUCACCCUGGACGGCCAGGCGGUGGAGGUUGUGACCCUGGAACAAUGACAUUAGUGACCCUGGAAGGAGUAGGAGGCACCGAAUGGCCGCCGUGGAGAUGUUGUUUAUCCUACUGUUUUCCAAGAAACCAUGCCGUGUACAAUGUCAGAUAUAUUUUUAAAUGUACAUCUGCAGGGGAAGUAAAGUGAGGUAUCGUUGCGUUGUGUUUACUAUGUAAAAAAAAAGUUGUUGUGUUUUUUUCGUGUGUAAUUUUUCUCCCAAUUAGCGCCAUGUUUUUUCUUCUUCUUUUUUUUUUUUUUUUUAGCUCUGUACUGUGAUGUUGAGAAUUAAGUAUUUAUUUCUUUACAAUUAAACUUCAAACAAAGAUGAACCAAAAAGCCCGGGAGGAAAGCCACCACUGAUUCACCCAGAGUGUGUUACUGUCACUAUUCUCUGUUUUCAUGAUCGUUUCUGUGCUUGACUGUUUUGUUUUUGGGAUGUAUUUACAAUUCAGUGCCACAGUCAGAAAAUCACUCCUCUCGGUUUUCCUUAUAUUGCUCCUGAUGGAAACCCCUUUCCACAUGGACUCACCUUUAACUCUUGUUGGUAUUUGGAACAGCAUCGAAGCUGAAGACACUCCCUGACAUUAGUUGAUCAAAUAUGACAUUGAAAUCCCUCAUGAUGUGUGCUUCUCCCUGUGCUGUGUCUCUGUAGUCCACGCUCAUGCCAAGACUCAGGAUUUACAUUUAGGUGUUUUUUACCGCUGGACUGCUGCACCGUCUUCCUGAAGCAGCCAUUUUGUCUAACAAAACAAAUGAUUUACAGUGUACAGUAAGGAGCACCCCUUACAAUGUUAUUUUUUAACAUGAACUCCUUUGACGUCACACAGGACCUCUUGGUGGUCCUCGCCACUUUGUAUAUACCAGGAAGUUAGUCACAACUUGGACAGGAGCGCAGUUUUUGUGAUGCCAACAUCAGAAAAGCAUUUCUUUUGAAUAUUGCAACCAAACACCGCUUGUAUAGAAUUGAUAAUGUUCCAUGCAGCUGUAACAUUUGGUUCAACUCUCACCAGUAUUUAAAGGUCCAAUAAAAUGGCUGCUCUUCACCUUUCA